CAAGGCGACCGAGUCGAGCUCGCUUGUCGGCGGCAGCAACAUCGAGGAAGGCGCAUGCCAGCUACCCCGGUAACACAGUAUUAGAGAGGGUGGACUUUCGCAGGGGAACCAGCAACAACCCUGUGAUUUUAUAAAAUUUGGGGAAGGACUUCGUUGUAGAACAUUUGGUCUGAUCGGAAUUUUCAAGUCUGGAUGUAGCGGGUUACAGUAUGAAGGACUGACUAUCUGUAAAGUAUUUUCAGCGGUUGGAUUACGUAGUUAAAUUGGCUGUGUCCGGGAGCUGUCCCGUGCUGUGUCUCACAUAAAGGUCACCACAACUCAGUGAAGAUGGGUACCAAAAAGAGGGACGGAUGUUGCAAGAAGUUCAUGAAAUUCCUGUUCUCCCAUGUGGGGUUAUGUGCCAUGGUGAUAUUGUACUGUGUGGCGGGAGGCUUUAUCUUCGAGCAUCUGGAGAAGAACAACGAGCAGCAAAUCUGCUAUGAAUCAAGAAACGAGUACACACCGAUGGAAAAUAAAACUAUCGACUCCGUCCUCAAGAUCUUCUCCGACUACGGCUUUCCCAACGACAACAAUCGACUCCUGAUGGAGGUCCAGAUCCGCAGUGUGCUGGAGACGUUCCGGGACAACACUCUCGCCAUCGGCUACGACGGGCGAGUCUGCUCAGACUAUGGCCUCCCUGAUGGCCCGACAUACCAAUGGUCCUGGCCCGGAGCUCUCAUGUUCUCUGUUACUGUCAUAUCAACCAUUGGGUAUGGUCACAUCGCUCCAAAGACGGUGUGGGGCCGAUUGGUAUGCAUCGCCUAUGCCGUUCUUGGAAUCCCACUCAUGUUGCUGUGUCUCGCCAACAUCGGAGACGUCCUUGCCGACAUCUUCCGCUUCAUCUACGCAAAGAUUUGUUGCUGCGGAUGCUGCCGUCGCAAGAAGAAUCCCAGGACAAAAGUCGUCCAGAUCAAACCGAUGCAGCGAGGAGAUCAGGACCCAGCAUGGAAGACGGACAAAUCUAAUGAAUUCUCUCGCCUCCCAACCAAGUCUCCGACAGGCAGUACGGACACAAAUGGCAAUGACAAGAGCAGGCCUCCGUCCAAAACCAGCCGACCGGGGUCACGGGUUCCAAGUCCCGGGGGCAAGGCUGUAAAGAUUGUUCCUCUCGACCUUAAACACAUGAACCGCCCACCGCCAAUGAAGAAUGACCCCGUAGUCUUGGACGACGACAGCGACGACGAUGACGAUGACUUGGAUGAGAAGAAGAUCACUGUCCCACUCACCAUCACAAUGAUCGUCAUCGGAGGCUACAUUUUCGGAGGGGCAGUGCUCUUCGGCCUGUGGGAAAGCUGGGACUGGCUUCAGUCUGCCUAUUUCUGCUUCAUCACUCUCAGCACCAUCGGCUUUGGCGACGUCGUUCCUGGAACUGACUUCGAGAACCCACAAGCACAGGCGCAACUAAUUCUCGGCGCUAUCUAUGUCCUGUUCGGGAUGGCCAUCUUGUCCAUGUGUUUCUCGCUCAUGCAAGACGAGAUCAUUGCUAAAUGCAAGUGGGUGGGUGAGAAGCUUGGCAUCCUGGACAAGAACGAAGACUAAUACUCUCUUUCCUUCUCUGAAAACUCUUCUGUAGCUGUAUACAUCAGCUCUCGACAAAAUCUCAGAACUUUUUUACAUUGAAAGCGGUACUCGGGACAGCAGCUUGAUGGUCGUUAUUGUCCUUACAAUCAUUGUGAGGCUCAAAGGGAAUCUCUUUGACUGGACAAGAAGCGCAGGAUAACGAGUACCCGCACAAUGUCCGAUGUGCCUGAAACUGUGGUCUAAGUGAUUGGACAGAAAAGCAUUUUUGUGAUUGAAGAUCUGUGAAAUAGAAAUCCAGAGAUAUGUACUGGAGUUCGCCCAAAGCCCCUUAUCCGUCCAUAAUGUGUAUAAAACCAGAUGGAAGGAAUUAUAAUUUACGUGAGCUGUCUCGGGUCAAUCCCCAUACCCUGCUCUUUCCUAUGCAACUCAUUACGUCGCACUUAAUGGAAAGUACGAGAACGUCACGUUUCCCGCUGAUAAUCAUCUAUGAUCUGUAAGCCUAUUCCCACAAUCAUCCCGGUACGUCUCUGUUUUGUAUACCGAUAAAAAAACCUCUUUCAUUAAAUAUUUGUUAGAUCUUUUAGGCAUUUUAGAUUUGUAAUGGAAAGUGUGUGAACUUAUUAAACACCUUACAAGGUGUAGUGAGGGAAGGAGCAGGGCAUGGGUUCAUCCUUUCGUAAAUAUGUUGUAUUGAUUUCAUUUCAUUAUUAGUUGUGUGUCCAUUCACGGGAUAUGCCUAAUGCGAUAUUGAUUACUUUUUUAAUUUUGUGUGAAAGGUAAGUGAAUACUACAGUAAGCAAUGGUGAGAAAAACACCAAACAAUAACCUUAUAACCUAAGACGCCGUUUCUGAUAUCACUUUGGCUUCAGGGCAGCUGUUUAUUGUGGUGGAAACGGUUAUACUCAGUUUCGUAAUGCACAAGUAACAUCAAGCGAAUGAUGCUCAGGCAUAUAUACUAGCGGAUCUCGAGAAAAGCCAGCAUCAAGAGAUGAACAUAAAGUAGCUACGAGAAACACUUGAAAUGUUCACAGUUUUGUUACGACCAACUUAGUUUCGUCACAUCGAAAAUGUGUUUUGUCCUUAAGUACAUAAGAGUAUCAACUUUGAUUAAGAUUUCAACUUUGUACUUGACAUUACGUCUUGUAUGAGGAUACGGGCAUAAUUAUGCAUUAAAUAUUGGAUUUCGAAUAAUACAUAUCCAUGAUGGUAACAACUUUGCAAUACGUCAUGGUAUUCUGAACCGACCGUGCCUCGAACUAACUAUGCUCGUUACGCUCUAUGUAUUUUUUACAUUGCGAGAAACGUGCAUAAGAUAUAUUCCAUUACAUUUUAAGAUAAAUUGUUAUCUUGUUGAAUAGCUAGCUACACUACAGGUGAAACGUGUGUUCAUAUAUUAUUGUAUUGUUUCAAUACUUUAAGGACAAGUGAUUAAUGCGGUGUGAUUAUGCUCUGUCAGUGGAAGACUCCGAUUGUUCUACUGGUAUAACAGAACACGUGCUUGCUAUCUGAUAAACAUUCCACUCCUUAGGCUGUUUUAUGUACAUAUUAUUUACAUCGUAAGAGAGGUAUAUCUUCAAACUACUGUAUGAGAUUGUGGCAUAAUAUAUAUUUGCCUCUGUACAUAAGUAAUACAUUGUUUGAAUUCCUUAAAAUACAGACUUUAAAAGAAGAGAUCUCUAUUUUUUAAUUGCAAAUUCUUCAUAUAUUUAGAAAACCGUCCAUAUUGAAACGUUUUUCUUUUAUCUUCACUGCUUCGUACGUUCCUAUGCACGUGUCAUGCAAUUUUGAAGGCUUGCCUCGUUUUGAAACUGCUGGAAAGGGAGAUAACUGCUAUCAUUUUGUGGUAUAUCGUGCUGAAAGCUCAUUAUGACAUCUGACGUAAAUGUUUUAUAAUCACGUUACCAUGGAGAUAACGGUAUUAUUGUUAUUGUUAAAAAUAUCCCAUGGCACAUGAAAAAGACAAACAAGUAACAAAAUGAUGCUGAUAAAGUGGGAAUUUAGUUUUAUAUGUUACAAGUUUGUAAUCAGUUUAACUUAUCUGAUUUUUAUUCAAUACAUGUUUUGGACUGUACUGUAAGUAGUCUUGUACAAAGUGAUCAUGUACCCUGUAAAUGUGUCCACGAUGGCUGUAUUCUUUUAUAUUUUCACUGCUUAUUGAACAACACAUCAUAAUGAUACCGGGUCGCAGACUGCUGAUUUUACUGUUAAUCGUUAAUGCGUUACACUCACAGUGUGGUAUUGUAUAUGACGUCCAUCUUCUACUUAGUUAUUUAACAAUAGAAUUGUGUUUUUGACAGUGGGUUGAUGACUAACCCAUAAAGAUAAGUUGUUUUUCACCCUGACAUUGUUAUUUCCACACGUAGUUACCCAAACAAGGUUUAUAGAGUGUAAAGGUAAUACUGAUCUCAUUAACAAGAGAACAUGGAAUUUUAAAACGGGAUCGUCGGUAAGACGUUAUAUUAUUCAUAAAGUAAAUUCCGUUAAGGCGUGAUAUAAAUUACAUAAACCGUCGGUUUUAGAAAAGCUUUGUACUUAUAAUAAUAACUUAUUCCUCGUUUAGAUUGUUUCAGUGUGAUCAGUAUUUGCCUCCGUGGGUGUUGCAUCUGUGAGACUCAAACCAUGCUGGUUUUAUGCCUUUUCCGCAAACCUCUUCUGUCUGUGAUACGUGUGUACAAAUGUUACAAUAAAGUUCAUAUAACAUUU